AUGGAGACGAUCCCACUAGGUCUUCUGGUAGAACUUCUGAAAUCAUUCCACUGGGCGCUUCCCAACAACAUCUCGUUGGAAUCCAUUAUAGAAUCCGAGCUACAAUUCCGUCAGCAGCUUCUACUCCUCCAACAGAAUCCACAAUUAUCACCGAUGACCGUACUACCGUCGCCUACAGUAACCCCGGAGUCGGUGGUGACGUCAUCACCGGUGUCGGUGUCGGUGGAUGAGGUGAUAGAUGUGGUGAAGGUGCAGGAGCAGCGGGUGGAGCCUAUGGAGCCAGAGGCAGAGCCAGAAAAAGGAAAAGAGAAGACGACGAAAAAGAGAGAAAGAAGAAGUCCAGUUAGCCCGUCGAAGACCUACUCGGAUUGCGAAAAAAAGCAUUUCCUCGACGUGGCCUACGAAAACAACUGGGGGACUACUGUAGCAGCAAACAAGUUCACACGAAUUUGGGGAAAAGGACCGACAAGACGAAUGUUUUAUUGGUGGAGAGAACAGUUUAAACGUGACAACGACCGUGACCACAAGACAUUGAGUGUGCUCAAGGACCGUAAAACUGAGUUAUCCUUGGAAUUGACCCAAUUUGUGCAAAAUCAGGAGCAAUUGAAGAUCAAAAGUCAGGCGGAUCGAGCCAAGGCGUGUCUUCACCAACUGGAAGCCGUCGAUUCAGAAAUUGAGAGCUUUUUGGGAAAGAAACAAAAAUCAAUGUGCUCAAUUACCGGCGAAAAAUGUGUUCACGGGGAUGGUAUUCAGGAGGAGAACAACGCGAUCAAAAAAUUCACCAACUCGUUUGUAUGCGAUUUUUGCAAAAUGCCAUUUCAGAAGGAAUCCACCUGCUUCCUGCACCAAAAACUGUGCGAGUCCCGCUUCAUCAACCCAAUCCAGUUGACCGCCUCGGAUCUUGCUAAGACUUCCGAGAGAAUCGUUGUGCAGAAGCUUGAUGAACCAGCUACAGUACCACCACCACCACCUACAGUAAUCCAACUGACUCCGCCCACUUAUGAGUCUUACAACAACGAGUUGACAGAGCUCGCCGAGCAACUCAUCGCUCGUUUGGCUGCAUGCGCCGCCGGCCAGACUACAGUAAUCUCAAAUUGA